AUGCUCAGCCUCCGUGCAACCUGUAAAUCAGCUUCUUCCUCUCUACGCAAUGCUUUUGUCGAUUUGCUACUUGAAAACCGCAUCGGAAGGCUCCAAAAGGGUACAGUUGUUUACACCUUACCGGAUAGCAUGCGGACCGUUCUUGGUAUCACCGAGGAUGAUCGAGUGGCCCGCGAACUCCAUACUCUGGUCAUCGGCACCGGAAACCCAACCCGCCGUGAAAUCCAGGUGUACGCAGCGAACAUCCGUCGGCUACUCGUACAAGCCGGAAACCCUCCCCCAGAGAAAGUGCCGCCGGAAGUCGGGGUUUGGGCAGACAUGUAUUUCAGCGAGAAGCCCAUGGUUGAAGACUACGAACAUCAGGUUACAAACAACCUCGACACGACCAACCUGAUCAUGCUUUUUAGACGGUUGAAGCAACUUCAAGGCGUCACGAUAGGCAAAUUUCCUCUGAGAGUUGGUUUCCAGAAGCCUGAUCUUGCCGACUUCCGAGACCGUCAUCUGAACAAUUGCGACAGCAUUUCAAUGCUAGAAGAGUUCCAAAACUUCUACAGGCCUGAUUCUUCAGGAACGGUAUGCGAAGAGAAAUCCAAUGCCGACCGUAUGGUGCUGGUCACUCUUAUUGCUUUAGCUUCCUGUCAGACCACCCUGGACAAGUUCUGCAUCUACCGCGACAGACUUACCGACAUGGUCAGUAUCAAUACCUUUGAGGAGCUUCCUGAAGGUUUAUGGAAGAAGCUGCCAGUGUGCUUCACUCGGCUCAAGACACUCAGCCUGGUCAUCUGCAAUGCGAAGAGCUAUGAUGCCGUUCACUGCUUGGAGACCUCUUUGCCCGAGGACUGGAUGGAUGAUAAGCCGUCGCAGGCAUUGCAACGACUACUCUCCAUGACGCCAAGCCUUGAAUCAUUUGAGCUGGCCGCUAAUUCUAAGACCUCCUUCGGACCUGAGUUUACCCAGAGCCUUUUGCAUGCGCUCCCCGACGGGUUGAAAGAUAUACAUCUUCACAACUUCGUUAUUCACCGCAGCGCCCUGCUUCACUUUCUGCAACAGCGCGAAUCUACUUUGUCUGGAGUUGGACUUACAGAUGCGCACAUUAUGGGUGGGGGCUGGGAAAUGGUCUUCCAGCACAUGCUCAAUUGCCAUCUGAACACCUGCAAGCUCGGGCCGCUGUAUACUCUGUGUAAGGACUUCUACUACCUUGUAACGUUUUCAGGGCACAAUCCAGCAUUUCCGGUUUCCAAAGUCGACCUGACAAACUUCAACGUCGAAGUUUCCGAUGCAAUGUGUCUCAACGGCUACAACAAUUUCAGCAGCCCAUUCAACAGGUUCUCCGUGCGAUCGGUGAGAGGCAUUCUAUUCGGGAACGUUUACGACAACUGGAGCACGAAUGAACUGUUGGAAUAUGCAGCCAUGUGCCUCGAAGCGCCGUCUUGGAAAGACUACGAUACGGCUUUGCUAAGAUGUAUUACAAGGUGGCGAGGGGAUGGAAACCAAGGCUACUAUGGCAUAUCCAAACAGAUGGCCAUCUUCGCUAAGAAGCAUUGCACUGAGCAGUGUCCUGACAACGACAAGAGCGCAAUGGCCUAA